GUUUGUGUGAUCUCCCGGACCCACCAUCACCAAAACACUGUCCUCCUCGUCUUUCUGCUCUGAGUCGUGUUUACAUAUAGGCGAUAUAUUCUUCUUAAUCAUUAAUAUCUAUCAAUACUUCCUGCUGGGAAAACUAGUUACCAUAAACAGUGUAUUUUUAUUUGAAUGAACUCUGUCUGUACACGCAAGCAUCACGUGCACGCAAUGUGAGUCAGGAUUUCAAAACAAACGUUAGAGCGUUGUAAGGUACUGCAAAUGUGAAUAUACUAUAGUAGUAUUAUAUCGUUUUAAAGUAAUUAUUAAGGGAUUAUAAAGAUGAUAACGGUGUAGUGUAAACGUGUAGGCCUGUGUUGAUGUGUUAGUCCUUCAUACCGUCACCUGACCUCCACAAACAAAUAUAUGAAGUCGUUCCUUGUCCUCGUGUGUUUGAUAGGGGCGGGUCACGGCUUCACACAGUGUCCCAACAAGACGGAGCUGGACAUUUGUUUGCAGCGGAUCGUUCCUCUCAUGCCCAAGAGAGGCCUCCCGUUCGACAUGAAGGAACUUGUUACCAUGUGCAAAGCGUUCAAGAAAGGCAUGCAGUGUGUCGACGGCUACACGGCACAAUGUCUCUCUGAAGUGGAGCGAGCGGGACUGGAGGAACACCUGAAGGGAGCCCGCAGCACCCUGGCCUUCCUCUGUGAUGACCCCGUCUUCCAGAAAGAGUACCUGUCUCACGGGGUGUGUAUCAAGGACAUGCAGGAGGACUGGGAUCGCUGCCACCUACACUUCAAAUAUCUCAUCAACCAAGAGCAUAUAAGACUCAACCUCUCCGACGCCAAGAGAGACCAUAACAUAUGCUGCAUCCGGGCGGGUUUCCUGUCGUGUGUGUACGGUCUGAGUUACCUCAAGUGUGGCAAGACUCAGGCGGUGUUCCUGAAGAAGGUAACAGCGACGCUCUCCUACAGCGACGUCCAACAGGAGAAAUGCAGCAAGGUCAAGCUCCGACAUUGUUCCUCUGCUCCUCCAGAUCUCAGGUCCUCCUGCUGCCUGCUGCUGUUGCUGCUGCUACUGCUGCUUACACUUCGGGAAGGUGGUGCUGUUGCCUAGGCUGUUUCAUGUUACUUUUUAUGUUUCUGCUGUUUUUGCUACGAGGAGGUCAGGUCAGGUCAGGUCAGGUCAGGAGGAUGAAGCCACUGCAUAGUUUUAUCCACAUUGAGUUGAUCCUCGCUAUCACUACUUCUCUUGAGGGAGAGGCGGGGGACUAUGCUGGAGAUCCGUACAUAAAGACUAAAUGAAAGUUAUCUGUUGCCUAAUGGGACCCCACCAUAACAUUAGUAUUCAUACACUGUUUAUUUACAGCCUGUUCUGCUAGGUAGAUGACCUGUGCAUAGUACUGGUACACCGUCUGCUUGUAGUGUUUAUUGAGGCUUAAUUCUAAAAUAAUAUCAUUUCAGAGCAUAAAAAAAGGAGUUUAAAAAACACUGGGUUUAAAAUAAAUGUUGUUGAGUAAGAAUUUAAAAUAAUGGAGAAAAAUAAAAGUUAGAGAGAUUGUUAAUUCCAAUAUAGAGAAAGAAAAAAAAAUACCCAGAAAACUUCAUAACAAGUUCAGUAACAUUUGUCUUUUAAUUUACUUUGCUGAAUUAUCUGAACUAAGGCAUAUAUGUACCUGUAUAUGUGCCUUAGUUCAGAUAAUUCAGCAAAAUUACAGGAGUCCAAGCCUUACAUUAUUACUUAGGUUUCAAUUUCUUCAGACUAUCACCAAGAAAGGUUUGAGAAUAAAGUGUUUUCUAUUUUUAAUCAACAAGAAUCAGUCACUUAUUUAUCUUAAUCUAAAUCAAUAUAGUUUAAGGGAGUUGGUAAGAGAAUUAUGUAAUUAAGUGCAGAGUGAAUAUUAAUUUCAUGAGGAAAUACUAGAGAACAUGAAGGUGUAAUUUAGUAAAGAUUUUUAGAAAUUACACCUAUAUUUUACUGAUGUUUAUAUACUGUGAAAAGAUAUAAAGGUGUCUGAGUUCCCAGGUAUGAAUAAAAUCUUUUAGACACGCUAUUGGAAAAUGUGAAACCGUGUUGAUGAAAUACACGGUGGAGAGCAUCCAUUCUCUUUAUACUUUACUGUGUAUCUCACCACUUUACAGUCAGUGAGCACACAUUCUGACAACUGCUUUACAAUUAAUAUGUGAUAUAUUAUGUAGUCUUAGAGUGUUAGUCAGUUAUUAAGACCGGGUUGAGAUGCUAUUCCAGUAAAUGUUAAGAGACUAGAUAUUGUAUUAUUAAGUAGGGUGUGUAAUGAGACGUACUGUUGAUAUCUUGCUGUAGAGAUGUUUGAAGGAUAUUUUACUGUAUAAGACUCCAGCUGAUGAAACGGUAAAAACCAAACGAAAAAUAUAACUAAAUUUGUUACUACUGUUUUGUGAGUCUCAUAGGCAUGCCUGGCCGUUACGGACAGUGUGGAUACAGUACACUGGACACUUAACCUUCGGGAGGCGACGUGACCGGCACUACACUGCUUUCAAAUCCCCAACUUGUAAAGUUAGGCACCAGUUUACAGCUGCCCCAUAUCGAACCACCAUAAAGCAGAAGGUGAGUGCAUUAUCCACUUGACCGCUAUACUCCACCGAUUUGUAAAACGCUGACAAAUGGCACAAUUAAGAACCAUUACACAAUGGUGCACCAAGCCUGUGUGUGUGUGUGUGUGUGUGUGUGUGUGUGUGUGUGUGUGUGUGUGUGUGUGUGUGUGUGUCGCUAAAUUGAUAAUCGCCAAUUAAGCUUUAAAACGCAACUGACGUUUUUGUCACAAAGGGAAACUUUUUUAAUUACAACAACUUAAUGGAUAUUAAUUCGCUAUGGUAAAAAAAACGGUUUUAUAUAAUACGUCAUUUACCAUCAUAAGGUAGCCUAAAUUGACCUAAAGUAAGUUAGGUUAGGUUAGGUUAUUCAUCUAUUCAUUUAUAUACUUAAUAAAUCAUCUACAUGAACGUCUAUGACCACUCAAAAGUUUCCAAAAACAUACAUAGAGGUUAUCGCUACUUCACAAUUAUCACUUCAUGUUUUAGCGUAACAUACUUGUCAGGGAUUCCAUCAUCAUUACAAAGAAAUUUAUUUUUUUCCUCAGUGAUUUUUUUCGCUGUAAAAAUCAAACCUUCAUUCACAAACAUCCUCCGCCUCGGCUCUCUCUACACGCCUCGCCCCACUCUCUACACGCCACGCCUCUCUCUCUA